CUCCUGGAGUCCUUCACUGGCUUUAAAAGUGGAUACGCCCGCCGAGAGAGCAUUCAGGAGUAAGAGGGUGGCACACCCAGCUCGAGUCUUGGAUAGCUCGUAUGCAACAUCAGCAUGACCCCAUCCAACGCUCAAGGCUUUAACGAAGAUCCCUGGCCGAGUGACACUGCGUUUCUGCAUAGAGCGUGCAACGAUCAUUUCUUGAGUACGAGUGAUUGGAAUGGACUUUCCAAGCUGCAACGAUGCAGCCACCGCCAGAACAUCGACAUUGCCAUCUGAGAGGGCCCUCAGUAAACGACCGGUGGUGUUCAUGACAAGACUGCCGCCUGUGAAGACGUCCCCCUGGAAGGUAAAGCCAACUUGGGACAUUUCCGUAUUCAGAAUACUCGUCAAGGUCUUGCUUUGACGCAAUGGUGGAAGAGAGCCUACCUGGGGCCUAGAUGUGGUGCUGUCGAGUGAAGGUAGCAAGUGGGGGUUAUCGACGUACUUAAUGCACUGCCUCAUCAGCGCCAGCGGAGCCUCGUAUCCGAAGUUUCAAAUCACAAGCC